AGUCAGGGCACAUCUUUAGAACAUUACCUGCAGAUUUUAUUCUGUGCAGAAUGAGGGUUUUACUCGCUGUCACCACUCUUGUGGUCAUAGCUGGUGCUGCCAGUGUCUCUCUGGAGGAUCUGGAGUUCAACGCUUGGAAACUGAAGUUUGGUAAGAAUUAUGGUUCAGUGGAAGAAGAGUCUCAGCGUAAGAUGAUCUGGCUGAACAAUCUUAAGCUGGUCCUGGAGCACAACAUGCUGGCUGACCAGGGCCUCAAAAGCUACAGACUCGGCAUGAACCACUUUGCAGACAUGGACAAUCAGGAGUAUCAGGCCAGGUUCAGCGGCUGCCUGGGAUCCUUCAACAUGACCAAGGCCACUACUGAUGUCAGAAAGGCAGGGGGCACUGAUGUACCCAAUUAUGUAGAUUGGAGGAAGAUGGGCUACGUGACUGAAGUUAAAAACCAACAUCUCUGUAACUCCUGCUGGGCCUUCAGCGCGACGGGGGCACUAGAGGGUCAGAUGUUUCGGAAGACAGGGCAGCUGAUGUCCCUGAGUGAGCAACAGCUGGUGGACUGCUCCCAGGAAUUUGGAAACUAUGGCUGUAAAGGCGGUUGGUACUUCAAAGCUUUCAACUAUGUCAUGUCUAGUGGAGGCCUGGAGACGGAGAACACCUACCCAUAUCAGGCCAAGGAUGGGAUGUGCCAGUUUAAUCCAAAGAAUGCUAAGGCUACCUGCCAAGACUACAUUAUAUUGCGCGGUGGAAAUGAGAACAAUCUGCAGUAUGCUGUAGCUGUAAUCGGACCCAUUUCUGUAGCCAUAGACACGUCCAGACCCACCUUUCAGCUCUAUCAUUCAGGUGUGUAUGAUGAGCCAUCCUGCAGCAGCAUUAAUCUGACACACGCUGUCCUGAUUGUUGGUUACGGCACUGACAACCUCAGACAGGACUACUGGCUGGUCAAGAACAGCUGGGGUGCUCAGUGGGGUGAAGAAGGCUACAUCAAGAUGUCAAGGAACAAGGAUAACCAGUGUGGCAUUGCCACAGUGCCCAUCUUCCCUGUGGUUUAAAGAUUGGAGAGGCAUCAUGAAACCCUCAAGGAGGAGAUUACAGUCUGAUCAGAUCUGUUUUAUUUAAUGAUGCAGAAAAAAAAGUCAGCACUGUUUUCCUUUAUCUUUUGCAUUUUUUAAUUGUUUUUAACUUUUCUUGAAUUUUUAA